UCCAGGAAGCUGAAACCAGUUCAUCAAGUUAAUACGUAGAGACAUACAGAACCGAAAGAAAAUGUUUAAAGGUUAAUCAUUUUUAUAUAAAAAAAGAAAGAAUUUAAAACAUUACAAACUGAGAAAAAGAAUGAGAGUGAGGAAAAGAGUCAAGAGAGAAAGAAGACACUGAAGCGAACAAGAACUUCAAACUGUGACACAUAAUGGAGGCAGGAGAGGACUCUGAUUAUCAUGAAAAUUAUACAGCUCAGCCAGAAAUAAAGGCCAUUAUAAUAGGCAGUAACGCAGAGUACAAGUGCACUGCAGCUAAUACUAUUCUUAGUAAUAAUUACUGGAAAGUGGGUAAAGAGAUAGUCAAGAGUGAAAAGAAGCAGAGGACAGUUCAGAACAGGUCUGUCACUUUGGUAAUGACACCAGGAUGGUGGAGGAGCUUCACACUGGCAGAGAGUGCAAAGUAUAUACAAAUGGAGAUUGCGCACAGUUUAAAACUGUGUCCUGAUCCACAUGCAUUCCUUCUAGUCAUCAAUCUACACAAACCAUUCAUAGACAUGCACCUUAAAAGUGUGGUGGAGCACAUGGAGAUUUUUGGUGAGCAGAUCUGGAACCACACCAUCGUUCUGGUCAUGUAUGACAACAAAGAGCAGAGAAAUGCAGAUAGCAAGCAGUUAAUUGAGAGAGCAGGGAACGAGCUUGAUAUUGUAAUAAAGAAAUCUGGGAACAGAGUUCAUGUCUUCAAUUAUACUGAGAGCAAAGGGAUAAAUGUGGAAAAACUGUUUCAUGAGAUAGAGAGACUGGUAGCUGAGCAUCAAGGCCAGUGCUUUAAAAUUGACAGCAAACUUUUUGAAGAUAUGGAGGAAAAGAGAAGAAAUGUGAAGAAACAAGCAAAGGAGAGAGAAAAUGAAGUAAAAACAAAGAUGCAAACCUUGAAAGAAUGUCUAACAGACAGAAGUUGUGGUUUUCCAGAAUUAAGGAUUGUCUUGAUGGGUGGCAGAUUUGUUGGGAAGACCUCAGUGAUGAACACCAUUCUGAAAAUCAAACAAGAGUUUAGCAACUCUAAAAAGUCUUUGAUGAGAGAGGGAGAGGUCAACAAGAGAAUAGUCAUUUUAAUCGACACACCUGGAUGGUGGCCGUACGCGUCUGUAAAGGAGACUUCAGAGUCAGUCAAGCAGGAGAUCAUGUCAAGUGUUAGUAUGUGUUCACCAGGACCUCAUGCAGUUUUGCUGGUUCUGCAGUCUGGUGUUGCCUUUACUGAAGCACAGAGGAGGUCUGUCAAGGAGCACAUGGAGCUCCUAGGUCGAAAUGUCUGGAAGUACUGUAUAGUGGUGUUCACCAGGGGCGAAUGGAUGGGGACUCCCACUACUGAAGAACACAUUGAAAGUGAAGGAGAGGCCCUGCAGUGGUUGAUCAAUAAAUGUGAAAACAGGUAUCAUGUACUGAACUACAUGGAGCAGGGGGAUAGAGAACAGGUCAGAGAGUUGAUGGAGAAAGUGGAGAUAAUGGCCAGAGAAAACACAGAUCUCCUGACACCAGUGGAAGCAGCGAUGGAGGAGACUGACAGCGGCUGGGGAUCAGACCAAGACAUGUUAGAGAGAGGAAGCUUUACUCUGGAGCGACCUGAAAGUAAGUAGCCUUACAAAUUCCUUUUAAAACAAUCAUUUGAUUACUGUUAGCCAGUGAAACAUGUUUACAAAGUUUUAUUAAUUAUCACAUUUCUCCCUAUAGUGGAUGAUGUAAAUGUCACAAAAUGGCUUGAAAAUGCAGAAAUUGUGUCAAACUACAGGACCUUAUCAGACGUUUCAAAAGAUAUUUCAGAGGAUUUCACAAUGAAUCAAGAUCACUGAUGGUUAAAAAAAUACAGAAAAAUAGGAAA